AUGCCCACAGCCAGCCCCAGGGUCACCAGUGGCCCAGGGAGGCACAACCCCUUGGCAACACCUCCAUGCAGACAAGACCCCAGGAAUGCGCUCCCACAGAGAUGCUCAGGGGGACCCGCGCCGAGGUGUGGGCUAAGCCCCAGCAGAUGGACGCCUGCCACCGCCCACACGGGCACACACACAGCCACCCCGCCCCUGGCCCCAAGACAGGUGUGGCCCCUGGCGCACGUGCUUACGCUGGCUCAGGUGGCCCUGUGUCCGGACUGCCCUCCCGCACACCCAGGCAGCCCUCCCCCUCCUCCGCUCCUCCCCAAGGCCUGGGCCAGCUCACCUCCACCAUCCUCUUCCCUCUGUCCUGGGCCACCCGCAGUGGGGCAGGCCGGCAGACAGAGGCUUCCAGCUGAAAGAUCAGGGAGCUGGGAUCAAGGGGUUCCCCUGCCCACGGAGGCUGCGAUGCCAGCAAGAGCCCCAGAGGGUGCAACGAAGGGGGGCCCUGCUGCUCUGCCCCACUCACCCAUCAGGAUGAACCCGAGACUUGCGGCCUUACCAGGGGAGAUCACGCAUUCCUCGGCCACUCUGCGCCGUUGGCACCAGGAGGAAUUUGGCAGUAUCCAGUCGAGGUGAAGACACACUGGGGACCUGGCAAGUGCUCUCCCACGUCUACACCCAGGGACACACAUGAGAAGGUUCACACAGCACAGUCUGAAUCGGCGAGGGACUGGAAACAACACAAACGCUCGUCUACAGGAGAUGGAUGAUGAACUGUGAUCUACUAGCUCCGUGGAAUAGUACACAACAGUGAGAAUGAAUGACCCACAGCUACGUUGGAUGGACAUCAAAAACAAUAUUAAACAGAAGAAGCAAAACAAAACCCGAUACAUCCUAGGACUUUGUUCAGAAAUAGUUUAAAACCAGACAAAAUGAAAUAUGCUCUUUAGGGAAGCAUACAGAGGUAGCAAAACCAAAGAGAAAAGCAAGGCAGCGACUGCCUCAAAAAUCAGGGGAGAAGCUGCCUCCGGGGUGCAAGAGGGCUUGGGACGGGCUUCUGGGGGGCUGGAACCAUCUGUGUCUUCAAAUGGAGGCGGGGGUUACGUGGGUUUUCCCUUUAAAGUAACUGAUCAUACUAUACAUUUAUGCCUUAGGUAGGCUAAUAAUUUAAAAUUAGGAUUUUAAAUAAAAAAAAUAUAUAUGUCUA